AUGGGAGGCCUAGCUGCAGAGACUCUAAGAUUCCAGAAUGUGGAUGGAGGCAAGCCAACUGAUGUCACAAACAGGCAGGGAUUACCACACUUGAACGAGAUUAAACUUGGUCAGAAUGACAGAGAAGGCAAAUACAGCAAAAGCCUCUCUGUUGUUCCUACAGAAUACAGCUCUGCAUUCUGCUUCAGCUUUUGUUCAGUUGUGAUGUCAAAUAGUAACACCAGUAAAAACAUCAACAAGACUUUAACUGGAGAAACUUAUAGAGAUGGGAACUCAGAGGACCUCUCCAGAGGGUCCAGCACUGAGAGUCCGAUCAAAGUCCAGUAUGACAUUGUGGGAAAGCUACUCUUUGGAUAUUUCGUGCAUCUGGAUUUCUGGAUGAUUGGCCUUGACAUAGCUCUGCGGGCCACUGGUGGGCCACAACAUUUUCUUCCUGUCUCCCAAGGUUUAGACUAUAUUAACCAAUCAGGUCCUACUUCAAUUCAUUCAUCUCCUGUCUUUAGUUUGCAGCCCUGUAUGCAUACUUUCUGCGCCGCUUGCUACUCAGGAUGGAUGGAGCGAUCUUCUCUCUGUCCAACAUGCCGCUGUCCCGUGGAACGGAUCUGUAAAAAUCACAUUUUGAACAAUUUGGUCGAAGCAUAUCUCAUCCAACACCCAGAUAAGUGUCGUAGUGAAGAAGAUAUUAGAAGUAUGGAUGCCCGGAACAAAAUCACUCAGGACAUGUUACAGCCGAAGGUUCGAAGGUCCUUUUCAGAUGAAGAAGGGAGUUCAGAAGACCUGCUGGAUCUGUCAGAUGUAGACAGUGAAUCCUCUGAUAUUAGUCAGCCAUAUGUCUUAUGCCGGCAAUGUCCUGGUUUUUGUCGCCAAACUGUCCCACCCCUCACAUUUCCCGAGCAGGAAGGAAAAACAGAACCUGGGCAGAUUCCUGGAGAUUCCCCAUCAACUUCUUCCAACUUCCCAACAGAACCUUUGGAAGUGGAGAAUGGAGAUGAGUAA